AGAGUUGGUAUAAAAAUGGACAGUGUCAGAACCAAAGUAUCCAGUUCACCAGCUGAUCUAACCAAAAGCAACAUGAACUUCGCUGCAGUUUUCAUUGGCCUCAUGAUGGUCGCCCUGGCUCAAGCCGCCCCUGCUGACUUUGCUCUGAGUAACGCCAUCUCGGAUGCUGUCGAAGCUCCCCAAGUUGGCCUGCGUCAAUCAACUCCUGGUUGUGGCUGCAAAUCCGAUUUCUAUGGACUCUGCAACGGACAGGAACCCCUGAAAUUCCCUGUCGUCGCCAGGAUGUGCUUCCUCUCAUGCGGCAAGUGUUUGCCUGGAUGCUGCCCGACUUCUGCUCCUACAGGUACAGGUGCUGGGAAGUAAGAAUUAUCAGUCGGAUGACUUCCGAUUACGGAGUCACCAUUUCACGGAGACGAAUAAACUUCAUUUAAAUUAUUUAAAAUAUUGGAAACCAUAUCUAAUAAAUUCGAUUUACAACUUGCAAAA